AUGGGCGAUUCUGUGGAAAAGACCAUAGAUCCUCCUCAGCUGCAGCCUGUGGAGAGCAAUCUGCCUGAACCCAGCUUAGGUAUGUUGGAGAACUCUAGUCAGGAAGGGCAGGAGGAUGGAAGGGUCAUGUUCAAUGACUCUGGACUCUCGGCACAGCUCCACAACGGGCUCCAUACCUUGUGGCUGGAGAAGUCCCUCACCGAUGUCACCCUGUUUGUGGAGGGGAAGCAUUUUCCCUGCCAUCGAGUGGUCCUGGCUGCUGCUAGUCUGUACUUCAGGGCAAUGUUCUGUAAUGACCUGAGAGAAAAGCAUGAGGACAGUGUCGUUAUCCGAGGCCUGGAUGCAGAAACAAUGGACAUUCUCCUCGAGUACACCUACACAGGCAAAGCGCCUAUCACCGGACACAACGUCCAGAAAACCCUUGAAGCUGCAAGCCUUUUUCAAUUUCCACGCAUGGUGGAUGCUUGCGCCAACUACCUAGCUGAGGCCCUUCACCCUGACAACUGCGUAGGGAUCCUUCAUUUGGCUGACACACACUCAUUGCUGAAUCUAAAAGCCUGUGUCCAGAACUACAUCAUCCAGAACUUCUCACAGGUGUUGGCCCACGAUGAGUUCCUGGAGCUGUCCGCGGACAUGCUGGUCAACCUGCUCCAGCAGGACGACCUGAGCGUUACGGAGGAGGAGCAGGUGUUUGAGACCGUAAUGCACUGGGUGCAAGCGCGGGAAGCAGACAGGCUGCCUCUCCUUCCCCACGUCCUCAAGCACGUGCGCCUGCCCCUGCUGGACCCCUGGUACUUUGUGGAGAGGGUAGAGGGAGACCCACUGAUUCGCAGAUGCCCUGAGGUUUUUCCCCUGCUGCAAGAAGCAAGACUAUACCACCUUUCAGGAUAUGAGGUAAUUUCAGAGCGGACCAAACCCAGGAUACAACAGUUUCAAUCAGAAGUGUUUAUGAUCAUUGGUGGCUGCACCAAAGAUGAAAAGUUUGUCUCUGAGGUUACGUGCCUUGACCCUUUGCGUAGAAGUCGUCUGGAAGUGGCCAAACUACCAAUUACAGAAAUGGAAGUAGAAAGUGAUAACAAAAAGUGGGUGGAAUUUGCCUGUGUCACUUUCCGAAAUGAGGUGUACAUAUCUGGUGGCAAAGAAACACAACAUGAGGUGUGGAAGUACAAUGCUCCGCUGAACAAGUGGAUCCAGGUGGAGUUUAUGAAUACUGGACGCUGGAGGCACAAAAUGGCUGUGCUGGGAGGAAAGGUCUAUGUGUUAGGAGGAUUCAAUGGAGUCAACAGACUCAAUAGCGUUGAGGCAUAUGAUCCCUUUCACAACUGCUGGUCAGAGGCAAAACCCCUCUUGCUCAGUGUCAGCUCUUUCUCUGCUGCCAGCUAUAACAAGUGGAUCUAUGUGAUUGGCGGAGGGCCCAACGGAAAACUGGCCACAAACAGCAUGCAGUGCUUUGAACCGUCAUCAAAUACAUGGACCUUCAAGUGCCCAAUGCCUGUGGAAGCCAAGUGCACAAAUGCGGUUACCUUCAAGGACUCCAUCUAUGUAGUUGGCGGCGCGAUGAAAGCCGUGUUCUCGUAUAGUCCUCAUCAUGACGCUUGGACGUUGGUGACGCAGCUGAGCUGCGAGAGAGCCAGCUGCGGAAUAGCUGCCUGCAAUAACAAACUCUUCAUCACGGGGGGUCGAGACGACAAGAACGAGGUCAUCGCUACCGUGCUGUGCUGGGACCCAGCAAGUAAGAAACUCACGGAGGAGUGUGUGCUACCGCGAGGAGUGUCUCACCACGGUAGCGUGACGCUCAGGAAAUCCUACACACACAUACGCAGGAUCACACCUGGAGCAGCGACUACAUGA